AUGACAACAGAAAAAUCCAUCCAUACUAUACGUUAUGAUACAUCAUCACGUCUUCAUAUUAUUGUUUUAUAUUUACUUAUUGCUAGUCUUACCAUAGCAUGGGGAAUUUAUUUUGUUCAUUUUUCUCGUAAUGUUCAAACUCAUAUGGAAUCAACUUAUAUAGAAUUAAAUCUUAUUAAAGAACGAUUAGAAAUACUUGAAUCAACACAAAUAACAAUUUCAACAAAUGUAAAUGGAUUUGAUGUCUUACGUCGUCAAUCAAGACAUGCACGUAUUAAAACAAAAUCAUUCAAUAAUAAACAAAUGCAACAAAAACAAAGACAAGAUCAACAACAAGGACAAGACUCACAAAAUUCGGAUUUAGUUGUUGGUUCAAUUCAUUUUAAAGUACCGCCGGUAGCAAUGACAGCAUUCUGUGUAAAAUCAGUUGAUCAUUGUAAAAAGUUAGCUGCUGAAAAUGAAGAAUUACGAGGUCCGAAAGGUGAACAAGGACCACGUGGUUAUUCAGGUUUGCCUGGUAUGCCUGGUCUUAUGGGACCACAAGGACCACCAGGAUCACCAGGUCCAAUUGGUUUUUCAGGACCAACAGGUCCUCAAGGACCUAAGGGUGAUCGAGGUGAAUCAAUGCGAGGCGAACCAGGUCAUCCGGGUCCAAUGGGCCCACCUGGAUUUCCAGGUCCACGUGGUGAAAUGGGUCUUCGAGGUCCACCUGGCGUCUGUACAUGUCCUUCAGCAACAGUGUCUGUUCAAUCGUCAGCACCAUCUUCGAUACCAUUUUCACCAGGGUCAGAUCAAAAACAAGAUUCUUCUCGACGUGAUGCCGUUCUUAGUCGUGCACAAAGAUGUGUAUUUUCAUUUAUUGGUACACCUGUUCUACUUAAAGAAGAUAAUUUUACAUUUGGUGCUUGGUUUAAAGAUCCAAUGCCUAAAACUGCAAAUGGUGCUCAAAAAGUAUAUGUUACACGACAUGUUACUGGUACACUUUUAUAUGAAUAUAAUAGUGAAUCUGAUUUAAUUAAUGGUGCACCUAAUCGUAUAAUAACAUUACCAUAUCCAUAUUCAGGUGUUAAUCAUGUUGUUUAUCAAGGAAGUUUUAUUUAUAAUGUUCAAUAUAAAAAUACAAUUAUACGUAUUGAUCUUGUUUCUGAAACUGAAGCACAAAAUGUUGAUAUACCUGCUAGUCGUGAACCUCUUUAUAAUACACCACAAUCAAGUUGGUAUGAUUUUUCAAUAGAUGAAAAUGGUCUUUGGUUAUUAUAUCGACAACAAUAUACACGAAAUUUUAUAGCAGCUAAAAUCAAUCCUGAUACAUUAGAUACGCAAAAAAUGUGGAUAUUACCAUAUAAUCCAUCAAGUUUAAGUCAAGGUUUUAUUGCUUAUGGAGUUUUUUAUGGUGUACAACAUUAUAAUAAACAACAUUCUUAUAUUGAUACUGUUUAUGAUAUUUAUUCAAAUUUAGCAUUUACAACAAUGAAAAUACAAUUUGCUGUACCAUUUCAAUUUUUAGUUCAAUUAACAUAUAAUCCAUAUGAAGGAAAAAUAUUUGCUUGGGAUAAUAAACAUUUACUUUAUUAUGUUUAUAAUGUUCAACGUGACAAAACUUUUAAAUGUUCAUGA